UUUACUAUUUUGUACUUUAAGUGUCUUGAAUCGCAGUGAAAUAUUUUAAAUCUCAAAAAUCAUGUUUCGUUCCAAUUUUUGUCGGUUAACUUUUUUGGUAAAGAAUAAAAGCGCUUUAAAUGUUAUUAUAAACGCAGCGCAAAAUUCAUCAAAGAUCACUACUUGCUCUCCAUCAGUUUACCAAACUCGUUGUUAUGCGUCAUUGCCGUCUGUACAAAACAACUGUGAAAAACAACCCGAAAAUGAACCUACUGGUAAAAUGCAAAUAAAUUUUACUUGUACAGUGUGUAACACCAAGAACAGCAGAAGGUUUUCAAAACUUUCAUACGAAAAAGGGAUAGUAAUCGUGGAAUGCGAUGGAUGCAAGAACAACCACUUGAUAGCUGAUAACUUAGGAUGGUUUCCAGAUACAGGAUGUAGAAAUAUUGAAGAAAUACUAUCUUCCAAAGGUGAAAAAGUCAAACGAAUAAAUGGAUGUUGGGAAUUAAGGUCAAAAUGAUGAGAAAAUAUACUAAAAUAAAACUAACUUGUAAAUAAUAAAUAUGUUAUGUAAUCUUAUACUCAAAUGUAAACAUAUUAAAUAAUAUUAAAAAAUGUAUUCUUUAAAAAAAAA